UACUUUUCUGAGAUCGAAACGUCACCCUCUACGACUAUCAACAACACCAUCCCCGCCACACUUCAACGCAACCUCAGCCAUGUCGCCCGCCGUGCAGGAUGCUAAGCGCACUCGAGGAAGGCCCAAAGGUAGCAAAGAUCGCGUCGCUCGCAAGUCUGGCCUCUCAAACAAUGAUGACACUCGUGAAUCCCCAUCGAAAUCUUCAUCGUCCACACCUGCUCCGCCAUCAAAUCACCCGGCCUCUUCAUCAGCAGAGACAUCCCAGUCGAGCUCAUUCACACCUAUCAAUCUGGGUGAUCGCACGACUUCGCGAUCCGGUCGCUCGCUUUCGAAGACUCGUAAAUUUGCUCACGAGACCUCUGAGCCAGAGUCGAUGGGUCCCGCACUGAAGAAGCGAGUUUCGGCUCGAUCAACAUCUCAAGCAUCAUCAACCAGCAUCUCAACACGGAAGCGUCUUCCAGACCAUGGUUCCCAGCCCACUGCGAGAGCAUCCCCAACUACUCAGGUCGCUCCUUCUCCUACUACGCCUUUCGGUGUAAAUGGCUACAAGUCUUUGUACGGCCAAUCACCCUACGGAACUCCCGCCACCAACGGCGCUAGCAAAUAUCCUCAUGGCCGCGAAAUAAAUUUCCCUCUAGAAAUCAUCCCGGAGCCGCCCAUUAAUACCAUCCAACCUGCUCCAGGAAGCAUGCCGGCACCUCGCAAGAGCCUCCCCGCAAAACGAACCUCGCUCCCCGAGCAAAGAACAGCCCCAUCCCCCAGCUUGCCCAUCAUCUCACGUCCCAUUUCAGAAGUGCUAGAUACGUAUCAAGAACUGUACGAUAAAGUUGACAAGCAUUACAAAGCUUUUGAGAGGUACACCUGGAACGUCAAAAUCCACAAUCUCACACGAUCCAUCUUCACAAAACUCGCUGCCAUGCGCUCUCGCCGUACUCGUCUUGCUUUCAUGCUCAAAGAAAUCAAGAACCUCAAAAAAGCAGGCGCUGUCGCCGUAGAAGUUGAUCGUACUGUAGCUUGGCCUCCUAUCGGGGACGACUAUCCCAUCUGGUACGGCGAACUGCCCAACACGCCUGCUCUGAGGGCUGAACUGCAUCAGCGCAUCCACGGUUUGACAUUCAGACUUACGAGUGAGUUGGGCAAUUUCGAACGAGCGAAGAUUCUGGGUCAAAAUCUGAGGCGUGAACAGAGUACUGCGACAGUGGAGGAGAUGAAGUGGAUGGAUAUUCAUGGUCAGAUCAAGGAAUUUGAGUCGAUGCUUGAGCGGUUAGGCGGUAUCGACCUCAGACCUCAACUCACUGCUGGCAGCAGUGGUAAUUAGGUGAUGACUUCGGAGGCAAUAAAGGCGGCGUUCUGUGAGGGCUUAGGUUUUUGUAUGAUGUUGUAUUAUUACCACCUCUCUUUUAGCUUAUUGGGGCCAUUUUUAUCAUAUCGCGUCGCAUAGGGUUUGGGACAGGGUAGUGAGCUUUUAAUGGCUCUUUUUUUGCAUGCCGAGAUUGUUACCAGGCAGUUAAUAUUAUACAAUUUUGCAUAUCUAA